GCCUUGAUAGCCUCAUGACCCCUGCUGGACUCUAAUCCAACGACGACGUUUUAUGCAUCAAGCCAGCCUGCGCCCUCCCCAGCCGCGACUCAAAAUAAACGGUGUUUCCCCGCCUGACUGGAGAGUAAAUCUCUUGGCUAGAGGUGCCUAGGAUCCAAGCGACGCACUCCCCUCCCAAAUGCCAUGACAUUUCGAGGCUCGAUGCCUUCGGGGCAGGCCUUUAAUGGCCAGCAACCGAUGCCUUAUCCCCCAUACCCCCCCCAGUAUGGAAGCGGGAACUCGCAAGCAAACGCGCUGUAUCAAAACCAACAAUUCGUGCCCGCACACCCGCAGCAGCCCGCUCAGUAUUACCCACUUGGCGCGCCACAGUUACAGUCCUACGAUGGCGCCCACGAUCGUCCUCCCCCUCCUUCCGCUGCCAGUCCCGUCCAAUACGUCGACCCUUCCUAUCUUCAGCAGCCGGUGACCGUGCACCCCAUGGAAAAUUACCUGCCAGCGCCAGCACCUCCGCCUCAGCCUGCCGCGCAUGCUCGGUAUCCACAGCCGAUCCAGCAACCACUGUCGGCAAACAACAGCCCGAGAAUGAGCACGAUCCGACCCCCUUCCCAGGGCUCUCAUAGGAAGUCAACUCCCUCGGCGGGACCAACAAGAUCGAGCUCCUCGGCUGGUGUUACCAAGUCACCUCUUGUAUCCCAUGCUUCCGUCCAGGUCGAGACCCUUCCUCUGCUUCUCUGCGUCGCUGAAGACUGUUUCUCGAAGGCGCGAGCAUCUGUGACAGAGGUUGGGAGAUCGGCGGAUACUCAUGUGGCCAACGAGUACCAUAAACUCAUCGCGACAGGGCUGGGGUGUCUUGAGGUUGCCAUGCAGUCUAAUAAACUCCGACCUCGGCUUGAAGCUCGGUUACGGCUGCGAUACGCCGGUAUUCUUGUCGAGGAAACCGUGAACACUAUGGAGGCCGAAACCGCCUUAACGAAAGGCAUCGCCCUCUGUGAGAAGCACCGUUUCAUGGAUUUGAAGUACUGCAUGCAGUUUCUCUUCGCCAAAGUGCUAUUCCAACGGAAUCCGAAAGCCGCACUGAUAUCCAUUGACAGCAACAUUUCGGAAAGCACAACGUAUAAGCAGGUGCAUUGGGUCUACGCGUUCCGCUUUCUCAAGGCCGCGUUCUAUUUACAGGCAGGGAGUAGUACUGAUCCACAUGCCUUCGAGAACCUUAAGAAACUGGCCGCCAUUGCCACUCAAAGGGGAGACCGAGCAAUAUGCGUAAUGGCGUCACUCCUCGAGGGUCUAGCACACCUCAGCACCAUGAAGGACGAUGCGAUCUUGCGUGUCCAAACCUGCAUCGCCCAAGCCUCAAAGUUCCAGCUUGAGGCCUCUGUCCACCUCCCGCAAAUCGAUGUCUUGCUUUUGCUUCUGGACCUCGCUUGCAGUCUGCACCAGAAAGAACCGGCUAUGUACUCGAGGAAGCUCGCGGCUCUCCAGAGCCGUAUGGACGAGUUGAAGAAUUCCCCACAAUGGGACUCUCGCUCGACGGAGCUCUUGCUCCCCAUCAAAAGACACUCGGGCACCUCACAGACAAUCAGCGAUGACACGGCGGCUAUUCUGCGUCGAGGCGACGGUGAAUCCGAUUACCUUGUUCUGCCCUCAAUUGCUCGACAACAAGCUUUUGCGUUGGCAUAUACUUUCCAUGGGUUGUUUGCCUUGUAUAAAUCAACGACACUUGGGAAGAGUUCCGAGAUAUGGGCUGAAGCGCUGAAAGUCUUGAAAGAUCCCAAAUCAAAGCCAUCAAGUACAUGUCUUCCCGAGGCCGCCAAGCAGGCGGACUGGGAAACGGAGCUUACAUGUUAUAUUCAAGUUUUGAUUGGAUUACAGGCUGCGAGUCUUUCUGACUGGACCAAAGUGAAGAGAUGCCUGGAAGCGAUUGAGACUUCGCCUCCUCGGUCAGACGUCCUCAGCCUCCUUCAGCUCUACCUGUCCGGUGUUUACGAACAAGGGACCGCCAACCUUGACAACGCUCUCCAAAUAUUUGAGGAUCCACGGUUCGACAUAUCGAACGUACAGCCGAAGGCCAGCCCCGGCAAUAUUAGCCAUCAAUUGUCGAUCUUGGCAGCCCUGAAUCGAGUAUGGAUCAUGCAGGCGCCGUCAAACCGCAACGAUGCCAAGACGACGGUGCUGAAGGACUUGCUGGGCCCUCUCUGCAUAGAGAGUUCGGAUCUUGACAUCCGGACAGCGUACAACCUUGUUCUGGCCUCGAUCCAAACAAGCCCAACAUUAUCCAUCAACCAGGUCAAGCGCUAUAUCCAACAGUCGCUGAAUGGGGCCCAGCAAACAGCAAAUACACAGUGUCUGUCAAUAGCCCUGAACAUUAUGAGAUGCCGGCUAUUUGAGAAUGUUGUGGGCGAACAGGCUCUCAAGAGCGCGAAGGCAUGUUCAGCGCAGGCCAAGAAGACUGGAAACCUACUAUGGAUGAGUGUUGCCGACGGCAUGCUUGCGCAGUCCUUGGAGAUGCAAGGUGCUGUAGCGGAGGCGAAAGCAACCAAAGAGAAUGGGAUUCGCCUGGCGAAUGAAGCACUCACGAGGACCCAAUGCUGAGUGCUCGACGUGCGCGGGAAGUGGGAAGUGAGAAGUGGGAAUUUAAGGGUAGGCAGGGUGACCUGGGUCUACACCACUGGCGCAACGGUUAGCUCUGAGAAGGGAUGAAUAAGCUUGAAGGAGUUAUACCCCAUUGACGGAAACUUCGGGUCGAAUUUGGCGGGAUAUGGAACAAGGGAAAUGUUGAUGUCUGGACUGGCACAUGGGAUGCUCUGUACAAAUCGAAGCUGGCACACAAGGCAAACUGGUCACUAAUGGCAACCAGAAAUGGCUGUCUCGGCCAUACGUUCUGUUUACUACAGAGUAAUAAUAGGCCUUAGAUACUGUAUAAUGGUCCCAUGUAGAUAGCCUUUAGGUGGGUACGCGGGUAGCUAGGUAGGUAACCGGUUAGGGGCUCGGCGGGAUACGGAGUAACAAAGUACCGGUGGAAAAAAAAAAAGAGAGAGAAGGGG